AACCCGCUCCAUUAGCUCACGAACCGGUGUUUGCGAAGGACCGAACGCAUAAUGGAUGAAAUUCAAUACUAAUAAUAUAUCAAUAAUAAUAAUAAUAAAAAUAUUAAUAUUGUAUAAAUAACGCCAUUAUAAUGUCGUGCGCGUCAUUGUUAGUUUGUGCGGGUGUCGUUUUCUUCAGUCAUGUCUUCGAAGUCACGUCCAUCGAUAUCGACGGUUCGGCGAACAACGGCUUUCCGAAAAUAUGGAUCUCAAAACUCUUCUACGAGGCGCUGGUCGACUUCAACGGGCCCAGAGACGUUGGCAGUACGGCGUGUCGCCAACAGACGCAAAUGUACGCUAAACACUUGGAAAACGAUUCGCUGUGGGCGGUGCAGAUGUCCGAUUCGUGGAGUCGUUAUCCAAACGGUGUGCUCGCCGGCACCACUCACCAGAUGGGCGUGUACGAUGAGUGCGUCAGCGUGCAUCAGCCAGUUCGGGGUAAAUACUGCAUACCAUCCGUCAAACUAGGACCGUCAAACGGCAUCGAUUUUAAGAUCGGCAAACCCGACCAACCGCAGAGCACCGACCAUGCCUGGCGUGAGAUACUCGGAUUCGUAGAUCAUGACAAACAACUGUAUAGAAAUAUCAUAAAAUUCGGUAUUUGCAUACCAGACUCAUGCACCGCGGCCGACCUCCAGAUCACGCUACAAAAUGAAUUCGACAAACACUUUCUACCACACCAAGUUAAAGCUGAAGUUCAAGUUGAUUCAAUAUUGUGUUCGACGGAUAAGGACGAAUAUCCGUACGAUACCGGAUAUUAUUUAACCAGUUCACUAGUUGGAUUCAUAUUCUUGGUCUGCUGCUCAUCGACGGUGUGCCAUUUGAUACUAAUAAUACGGGGUAACAAUGGGAAAAAAAUUGAAAUGCCAGAAACAUUCGGCUCAUUCUCGCUAAUUCGAAACUUCAGAGAUCUUAUCAAAUACAAUAGAAACAAUGAUUUGAACAUAUUCAAUGGGCUAAAAGUUUUUACCAUGAUAUUGGUGUUGUUCUGCCACAUAUUUCUAUAUUUUAUAAUAAAUCCCAUCAAGGGCGGCAUUUAUAUGGAAAAGUUGUAUGAGGACGGUUCGGAUUUCUUAUUGACGGCCAUGAAUUUGAUCGAUCCGUUUUUUUACAUUGCCGGUUACUUGAUGUACGUUAUGUUGAUUCCGCAAUUCAAUAAGCCCGGCACCAAUUGGUAUCAAAUAAUCAUGGUGAUCGCGUACAAAUAUUUGAAGGUUUUACCGUCGUAUGUGAUCGUGAUGCUGAUGACAGCUUUUGUCAUUCCUCAUUUGGGCAACGGGCCAUUUUGGGCUUCAAGGAUAUGGAUUGAAGCUGAUAAAUGCAAAAAUUAUUGGUGGGCUAAUGUAUUGGCAGUCAGUAACUACAUACCAGUCGAAAACCAAUGUCUCAUUUCCGGCUGGUACGUAUCGUGUCUGCUACAGUUUCUCGUCAUCGGGACCACAGUGGUUUACAUUUGUGUCAAACACCGAAGAAUUGGAAUAUAUUUAAUUGUUACACUCUUCAUCACGUCCUUGGCAAUAUCGUUCCUUACAACCUAUUUCAACCAAGCGUACGGAAUGGUUCGAAUAAUGUAUUCGUUCUUGCAGAAUCCAAGCAAUUCAUCGGAGUUUAGUCAUUACUACCGACCGUUUUACCACCGAGGUACACCUUUUUACGCCGGAUUGCUUGCCGGAAUCGUGGUUGAGGAGCUGAAAAAACGAAAAAUAAAAUUGUCAAUGACUGUCGUCUACGCUGGAACUGUGGUAGUCUGCACCGUUUGCUUUUGGGUCCAGUUGUACGGAGCUGUGUUCUACGAAACCUACAGGCCAUACAACGCGAUGGAACAGUCGUUGUACGCUGCUUUUAGCCACUGCACGUGGGCUGUCAUAUUAUUCUGGAUAACGGUAUGCCAUUUCACCACCGGUUAUGGCCCAUUAGAAAAACUACUCAACAACAGAUUAACGGUGCCACUGGGUAGACUAUCAUAUACAGUUUAUCUUGUCAACAUCAUCGUCAUAAUAAUGAUAGAAAGUAAACAAAGAACAACUGUAACCCCUUCAUCGUCCACAUUGAUUGAUGGAUGGAUUUUCGGAUCGUUCAGAACAUACUUUAUGGGUGCUUUGCUGUAUUUGAUCAUCGAUGCACCGUUUGGACUAUUGAUCAAACAAUUAUUGUAUGGAAAGUGAGUAUACCUAUCUCUAAUAUGAUGUCAUAUAGUUUGA